AUGAAUUGGUGGUAUCUGAUGAGAACACUGAAGUGGGAUCCAUGGUUUGAUCCUGAUGAAGAAACUACAAUAGCAAUUGCAUGGAUCUCUUUUCCUUAUCUACCACCCAAUUAUUUUGUUAAGGAAGCAGUUUUUUCAUUGGCUUCAGCAGUUGGUAAACCACUACAAGUUGACAUGGCCACAAAAAAUCAGACUAGACCAAGCUGCGCAAGGGUGAAGGUGGAAAUGGAUUUACUUAGUGAUUUCCCUCAGAGAAUCAAUAUUGGCAUGAAAAAGAAAGAUACUGGUGACAUUAUUGAUAAAUGGAUUAAGAUAAAUUAUGAUCAUUUCCCUAAGUAUUGCAAAAGAUGUAAGUUACAAGGUCACAAUGAAAAUGAUUGUUCCAUUAUUCAUCCUAAACUGUACCCCAAAGAAGAAGAAGAAGAAACUCAGAAAGAGCAAGGUGUUGCUGUAAAAGAAAGUCAAUCUAAAAAGAUUACUGAUGGUAAGGCUGAAGGCAAAGUGGAAAAAAGUAGUAAAAUCCCUGGUGCUGAAAAUGAUAACGCUGCUGCUAAAGGAAAACAUGAAGGGAAGAAGAAUCAGGAGAGAAGAUAUAGGGGUGGCUACAAUAGGCCAGUUCAAGGAUGGAAAGCUAAGGAAGAUCAACACAUAGUUGAUAAUUCCUAA